AUGCAAUUCAGAACUGCCCUCGUGUCCUCUAUUCUUGCCGCCACCGCUUUGGCCUCUAACUCCACUGUCACCAGUGCCACCUCUUCCUCCUACGCCACCCCAUCCGCCUCCGGUACCGCCACCUGUACCUACUCCAAGGGUUACACCGCCACCGCUGCUGCCGAUAUCCAAAAGAUUGUCGGUUGUUCUACUUUCGAUGGUGACAUUUACAUCGAAGGUGACGCCAUCACCUCCGUCAACUUGGCCAACGUUGAACAAAUUGUCGGUUCUUUGACCGUCAACAGCGCCACUCAAUUGACCAGCUUUGUUGCUGACUCCUUGAUCGCUGUCUCUGACACCUUAACUUUGACUAACUUGACUAUCUUGGAAGACUUGGAACUCCCAAGAUUGUACAAGGUUGGCUCAUUGCAAUUCCAAGCUUUGCCAGCCGUCGGUGUCUUGUCCUUCACCAACGGUUUGGAAGAAGUUGGCAGCAUCUUGAUUUCUGACACUUCUUUGACCAACAUCACCGGUAUGGUUUUCACCACCGCCGACACCAUCGACAUCAACAACAACAACGACUUGGAAUCCUUCGAAAUUUCAACUUUGAAGACCGUUUCCACCGCUCUUGGUGUCACCUACAACUCGGAAGACAUUGAUGUUGCCUUCGAAGACUUGAUCUGGGCUAACAACAUCACCUUCAGAGAUGUUUCUUCUAUCUCUAUGGACAACUUGACCGCUGUCAACGCCUCCCUCGGUUUCUUCAACACCUCUGUGGAAUCUAUUGUUUUGGACAACUUGGAAACUGUCGGUGGUACUUUGUCCAUCACUGGUAACUCUGACUUGGCCGAAAUUGACAUGUCCAGUUUGACUUCUAUUGGCGGUGCUUUCAUCAUUUCUAACAAUAACGACUUGCAAAGUAUUAACGGUUUCGAUUCCCUUAAGACUGUUGGUGGUGCCAUUACCUUCACUGGUGACUUCACUAACGCCACUUUAUCUUCUUUGUCUUCUGUCAAGGGUGGUGCUACUAUUGAAUCUACCGGUGACUUGGACUGUUCUGCUUUCAACAAGUUGUCAAAGAAGGGUGCUAUCCAAGGUAAGGGUUACAAGUGUACCUCGCCACACACCUCUGUCUCUGCCAAGGCUUCUAAGUCUACUAGCAGUGGUUCUUCUAGCAGCAGUGACAGCAGCUCCUCUUCUAGCACUUCUACCUCUAAGGCUGCUGGUGACAUUGUUGCCACUUCCUUCGGUGGUAUCUUUGCUGCUUUCGCUUUGUCUUUCUUCUAA